CGGGCGCGGGGCAGGUGUUACUACUGCGGCGCGCGAGGGAGCGGGCGGGUGGAGCGGAGCUGCAGCGGCCGGGCGCCGGGAAGGCGGAGAGGGGCCUGGACUCCGGGAGCGCGGCGUCCCGCCCGCUGCCCUCGCCGAGAGCUCGGGCUCACGGCGCCGGAACGUCCCCGGCCGUCCCUCUGCCACCAUGAGGAACAUCUUCAAGAGGAACCAGGAGCCCAUGGUGGCUCCCGCCACCACCACCAUGCCCGCUGGGCCCGUGGACAACUCCACCGAGAGCGGAGGCGCCAGGGAGGGCAAGGGGUACGGGUUUGCCACGGUGAAGGACCGAUUCUUCAAUGAGAUGGUCAAGUUCCCUCUCCCCCGCUGGGCGCUGGUCGCCAUCGCGGUGCUCCUGGGCCUCCUGCUCCUCACCUGCUGCUUCUGCAUCUGCAAGAAGUGCUGCUGUAAGAAGAAGAAGAACAAGAAGGAGAAGGGCAAGGGCGCCAAGAACGCCAUGAACAUGAAGGACAUGAAGGGCGGCCAGGACGAGGACGACGCCGAGACGGGCCUGACGGAGGGAGAGGGCGAGGGGGAGGAGGAGAAGGAGCCGGAGAACCUGGGGAAGCUGCAGUUCUCCCUGGACUACGACUUCCAGGCCAACCAGCUCACCGUGGGCAUCCUGCAGGCCGCGGAACUGCCUGCCCUGGACAUGGGCGGCACCUCGGACCCUUACGUCAAGGUCUUCCUCCUUCCAGACAAGAAGAAGAAAUAUGAGACCAAAGUCCAUCGGAAGACGCUGAACCCCGCCUUCAACGAGACCUUCACCUUCAAGGUGCCGUACCAGGAGCUGGGGGGCAAGACCCUGGUGAUGGCCAUCUAUGACUUUGACCGCUUCUCCAAACACGACAUCAUCGGGGAGGUGAAGGUGCCCAUGAACACCGUGGACCUGGGGCAGCCCAUCGAGGAGUGGCGGGACCUGCAGGGCGGAGAGAAGGAGGAGCCGGAGAAGCUGGGUGACAUCUGCACCUCGUUGCGCUACGUGCCCACGGCAGGGAAGCUCACCGUCUGCAUCCUGGAGGCCAAGAACCUCAAGAAGAUGGACGUGGGUGGUCUUUCAGACCCCUAUGUGAAGAUCCACCUGAUGCAGAACGGCAAGAGGCUCAAGAAGAAGAAGACGACCGUGAAGAAGAAGACCCUGAACCCGUACUUCAACGAGUCCUUCAGCUUCGAGAUCCCCUUCGAGCAGAUCCAGAGAGUCCAGGUGGUGGUCACCGUGCUGGACUACGACAAGCUGGGCAAGAACGAGGCCAUCGGCAAGAUCUUCAUGGGCAGCAACGCCACGGGCACGGAGCUGCGGCACUGGUCCGACAUGCUGGCCAACCCCCGCCGGCCCAUCGCCCAGUGGCACUCGCUCAAGCCCGAGGAGGAGGUGGAUGCGCUGCUGGGCAAGAACAAGUAG